GAAGAGAAGAGAGAAAAGGAGAUUGUGUGAUGAGUGAGAGUAGUACUAAUUGUGCCUCCGGACAACUCCUUUUAUCUUCUCUUCUCUCUCUCUCAUUCACACGAUCCUCUUCUCUUCUCUCUCUCUAGAAUCUCUCUCUUGAAUCUCUCUCUCUCUCUCUCUCUGCGGCAGCCAUGGCGUCGCAGUCGGUGUCUUCUCCCGUUUCCCAACUUGUCCACUCCAACGCCACUCCGCCGCCUUACUCCCUCCGCAACGGACUCUUCCUCGUCGAUUUCGUCGGGCUCCACUGCAAACCGAAGAAGACUCGGAGGAAAUUGGGAGCUUCUUCGCCGCUCGCUCGCGGCGUUCCUCAAUUCGUCGCCAAGAGAGCGUCUUCCUCGUCGGUCAAAGCGGUUCUUGAUCUCCAACGAGCCGACGAUUCCGGUUUAGAACCGAAGGUCGCAGACUUGAAAGACAUAAUAUCAGAAAGAGGAGCUUGCGGAGUUGGAUUCAUUGCCAAUUUGGAUAACAUAGCAUCUCACCAAAUUGUUGAGGAUGCUCUUACAGCUCUUGGCUGCAUGGAACAUCGUGGAGGCUGUGGAGCAGAUAAUGACUCUGGUGACGGUUCAGGUGUGAUGACAUCAAUUCCCUGGGAUCUAUUUAACAAUUGGGCUAACAGUCAAGGGAUAGCUACCUUUGAUAAGUUGCACACUGGUGUUGGAAUGGUUUUCCUCCCCCAGGAUGAUGAGCUUGUGAAAGAAGCCAAAAAAGUUAUUGUGAAUCUUUUUAGACAAGAGGGUCUUGAAGUUCUAGGAUGGAGGCCUGUUCCUGUGAAUAUGUCUGUAGUUGGAUACUAUGCAAAAGAAACAAUACCCAACAUGCAGCAGGUAUUUGUAAAAGUUGUUAAAGAGGAGAAUGUUGAUGACAUUGAACGAGAAUUGUACAUAUGCAGGAAACUGAUUGAAAAAGCAGCACAAUCAGAAAGUUGGGGAAAUGAGCUUUAUUUCUGUUCUUUGUCCAAUCAAACAAUAGUUUACAAAGGAAUGCUUCGCUCUGAAGUUCUUGGGUUGUUUUAUACUGACCUUCAAAGUGAUCUUUACAAGUCCCCUUUUGCUAUUUAUCAUCGGAGGUAUAGCACAAAUACUAGUCCCAGAUGGCCUCUUGCACAACCAAUGAGGUUCCUUGGUCACAAUGGAGAGAUCAAUACCAUACAGGGGAACUUGAACUGGAUGCAAUCACGGGAAACCUCAUUGAAGUCACCUGUAUGGCGUGGUCGUGAAAAUGAAAUUCGUCCAUUUGGCAACCCAAAAGCGUCAGAUUCAGCAAAUCUUGACAGUGCAGCAGAAUUGCUAAUAAGAAGUGGCCGUAGUCCUGAUGAGGCUUUAAUGAUUCUUGUACCAGAGGCAUAUAAAAACCACCCAACUUUGAUGAUUAAGUAUCCUGAGGUGGUUGACUUUUAUGAUUAUUACAAGGGUCAGAUGGAGACUUGGGAUGGGCCUGCCUUACUUUUAUUCAGUGACGGAAAAACAGUGGGUGCAACCCUUGAUCGCAAUGGGCUUCGUCCGGCUAGGUAUUGGCGGACAGCUGAUAAUGUUGUUUAUGUAGCAUCCGAGGUUGGUGUUGUACCUAUGGACGAGUCCCAAGUUAUAAUGAAAGGCCGUCUUGGUCCUGGAAUGAUGAUAACUGUUGAUUUAACAAGCGGACAGGUGUAUGAAAAUACAGAGGUUAAAAAAAGAGUUGCCUUGUCAAAUACAUAUGGAAAGUGGGUUGCAGAAAACCUUCGAUCCUUGAAGCCUGAAAAAUUCCUUUCAGCAACAGUUUUGGACAAUGAAGCAAUAUUAAGACGCCAACAGGCAUUUGGUUACUCAAGCGAGGACGUUCAGAUGGUUAUCGAGUCUAUGGCUGCACAAGGGAAGGAGCCAACAUUUUGUAUGGGAGAUGAUAUUCCAUUGGCAGCAAUAUCACAAAAAUCUCACAUGCUUUAUGAUUAUUUUAAACAACGGUUUGCACAGGUUACAAAUCCAGCUAUUGAUCCUCUCAGAGAAGGAUUAGUCAUGUCUCUUGAAGUCAACAUUGGGAAACGAGGAAAUAUAUUGGAGGUUGGACCUGAAAAUGCUUCACAGGUUAUCUUGUCCAGUCCUGUACUUAAUGAAGGAGAGCUUGAGUCACUGCUGAAGGAUCCUCAGUUAAAACCCCAAGUUUUACCAACAUUUUUUGAUAUUCGUAAAGGGGUAGAAGGUUCCAUUGAAAGGACGCUGAACAGACUCUGUGAAGCUGCUGAUGAAGCGGUGCGAAAUGGUUCCCACUUGCUUGUUCUCUCUGACCGGUCUGAUGAGCUGGAACCAACUCGCCCAGCAAUUCCUAUUCUUCUUGCUGUUGGAGCUGUUCAUCAGCAUCUUAUUCAGAAUGGCUUGAGAAUGUCAGCUUCUAUUGUAGCUGACACUGCUCAGUGCUUCAGCACUCAUCACUUUGCCUGCUUGAUUGGAUAUGGUGCAAGUGCUGUCUGCCCAUAUUUGGCACUGGAGACAUGUCGGCAGUGGCGUCUGAGUAAUAAAACAGUAAAUUUAAUGCGCAAUGGAAAGAUGCCUACUGUGACUAUUGAACAGGCUCAAAAGAACUUCGGCAAGGCUGUCAAAUCAGGUCUUCUCAAAAUUCUUUCAAAAAUGGGCAUCUCAUUGCUGUCAAGUUACUGUGGUGCGCAGAUUUUUGAAAUUUAUGGAUUAGGGAAGGAGGUUGUUGAUUAUGCAUUCCGUGGGAGUGUGUCGAGUAUUGGUGGAUUGACUUUUGAUGAGCUGGCAAGGGAGACUUUGUCCUUCUGGGUAAAGGCUUUCUCUGAGGACACAGCUAAACGACUAGAGAAUUUUGGAUUUAUACAGUUCAGACCAGGAGGGGAGUAUCAUGGAAACAACCCGGAAAUGUCAAAAUUGCUCCACAAAGCUGUUCGUCAAAAGAGUGAAAGUGCCUUUUCAGUUUAUCAGCAACAUUUGGCUAACAGGCCUGUGAAUGUUCUCCGAGAUCUUCUCGAGUUCAAAAGUGAUCGUGCCCCAAUUCCUGUGGGAAAGGUUGAACCAGCUGCCUCCAUUGUUCAGCGCUUCUGCACUGGUGGUAUGUCACUUGGAGCUAUUUCAAGAGAAACUCACGAGGCAAUUGCCAUUGCAAUGAACAGAAUAGGAGGGAAAUCUAAUUCAGGGGAAGGUGGUGAGGAUCCUAUUCGCUGGAAACCACUUACAGAUGUUGUUGAUGGGUACUCUCCCACACUUCCACAUCUCAAAGGUCUUCAAAACGGGGACACAGCUACAAGUGCUAUCAAGCAGGUUGCUUCAGGACGCUUUGGUGUUACUCCAACAUUCUUGGCCAAUGCUGACCAGUUAGAAAUCAAGAUUGCACAAGGUGCAAAACCCGGCGAAGGUGGUCAAUUGCCUGGUAAAAAAGUUAGUGCAUAUAUUGCAAGGUUAAGAAACUCCAAACCAGGUGUACCCCUUAUAUCUCCUCCUCCACAUCAUGACAUUUACUCCAUAGAGGAUCUUGCGCAGUUGAUUUUUGACCUUCAUCAGGUGAACCCUAAGGCUAAGGUGUCUGUAAAACUUGUAGCGCAAGCUGGAAUCGGCACAGUUGCUUCUGGUGUUGCGAAGGCUAAUGCUGAUAUCAUACAGAUAUCCGGGCAUGAUGGCGGUACUGGAGCGAGCCCUAUAAGUUCUAUUAAGCAUGCCGGUGGUCCCUGGGAGCUUGGAAUUACAGAAACACACCAGAUACUUAUUGAAAAUGGUCUUAGAGAAAGAGUUAUUCUCAGAGUGGAUGGUGGCUUGAAAAGCGGAGUAGAUGUUAUGAUGGCUGCAGCUAUGGGUGCUGACGAGUAUGGCUUUGGUUCUGUUGCAAUGAUAGCUACUGGAUGUGUCAUGGCCCGUAUUUGCCACACAAAUAAUUGUCCAGUUGGUGUCGCCAGUCAGAGAGAAGAGCUGCGUGCGCGGUUUCCUGGAGUGCCAGGCGAUCUUGUUAACUUCUUCUUCUAUGUUGCUGAGGAGGUAAGAGGCAUUUUGGCACAAUUAGGAUAUGAAAAGUUGGACGAUUUAAUUGGACGGACGGAUUUAUUAAGACCACGUGAUAUAUCUCUGGUGAAAACCCAGCAUCUGGAUCUCAGUUACAUUACCUCGAGUGUCGGGUUACCAAAAUGGAGCAGCACUGAAAUUAGGAAUCAGGAUGUCCACAGUAAUGGUCCCGUUCUAGAUGAUGUUUUACUGGCAGAUCCAGAGAUAUCGGAUGCCAUUGAGAAUGAAAAGGUGGUCAAUAAGAGCAUAAGUAUAUACAAUGUAGAUCGUGCUGUUUGUGGACGCAUAGCUGGUGCAGUUGCAAAGAAAUAUGGGGAUACUGGUUUUGCUGGGCAGUUGAACGUAACGUUUAACGGAAGCGCAGGGCAGUCAUUUGGAUGCUUCUUGACACCUGGAAUGAACAUUCGGCUAGUUGGAGAGGCUAAUGAUUAUGUAGGAAAGGGUAUGGCUGGAGGUGAGUUGGUUGUUACACCAGUGGAGAAUACUGGGUUUUGCCCGGAGGAUGCAACUAUUGUAGGAAAUACCUGCUUGUAUGGUGCAACUGGUGGUCAAGUAUUCAUUAGAGGGAAAGCUGGGGAGCGAUUUGCUGUCAGAAACUCACUUGCACAAGCUGUGGUUGAAGGAACUGGAGACCACUGUUGCGAGUACAUGACUGGAGGAUGCGUAGUUGUACUUGGAAAAGUGGGAAGAAAUGUAGCUGCUGGAAUGACUGGUGGUUUGGGAUACAUUCUUGAUGAUGAUGACACUCUUAUCCCCAAGGUAAAUAAAGAGAUUGUAAAGAUCCAAAGAGUGACUGCCCCCGUUGGGCAGAUGCAGUUGAAGAACCUUAUUGAAGCCCACGUUGAAAAAACUGGAAGCAGCAAAGGCGCCACUAUUUUGAAGGAAUGGGACAAAUACCUACCGCUCUUUUGGCAGCUCGUUCCGCCCAGUGAGGAAGACACCCCGGAGGCCAGCAUCGACUAUGACAAGACAGCUGCUGGGGAGGUGACUUUUGCAGUCCGCUUAGAGUAAAACAAUCAAACAAUGGCAAAGACCAUAAUUUAAACAAAAAAAAAAAAAAAAAAGAGCUCCAAUUCCACAAUGUACAGGUGGGAGAUAGAAGGUGAUUGACGAGAUUGAAUUUUCCAUUGAACACCUGCACUAGCUGGUAUUAAUGGAGCAUAUCAACAUCAUGAGGUGACACGAAGUUAUACUACUGGAGAAUGAAAACCAUACUUUGGGAGUUGCAUAUUGAUUGUGGCAUAAAAUGUAAAUACAAGCUUGUUCAUAUUUUUCCAGUCUUGAAAGCUCUUGCUGCUUUUUGAAUCCAAGCUAGUUCAGAUUGUUCAACUGUUGCCAAAGCUUCGGGGAAU